UAUCUCUUUCGUUGACUGACCUGACGGAAUCAAGUGAUUUGGAAGACUUCCACCAGCAGAGGCAAAUCGUCGUCGUCGUCGUCGUCCGAUUCGAUUGGAGUUAAUCAGCCUUGACAAAAGAAGUUUUAUCUCGUUCCGCGUCGCAAUUCACGAUGGCCAGCCAAACGCAGGGAAUUCAGCAGCUGUUGGCCGCGGAAAAGCGGGCCGCCGAGAAAGUGGGCGAAGCCAGAAAGAGGAAACAGCGCCGUCUGAAGCAGGCCAAGGAGGAAGCCCAGGAGGAGAUCGAGCGAUACCGUCAGGAGCGCGAGAGGCAGUUUAAGGAGUUCGAGGCGAAGCACAUGGGCAGCCGCGAGGGCGUGGCGGCCAAGAUCGACGCCGACACGGUCAUCAAGAUCGAGGAGAUGAACCGCACGAUCUCGACGAGCAAGGCCGGCCUGAUCGAGGAGAUUCUGACGCUGGUGUACGACAUCAAGCCCCAGCUGCACCAGAACUUUAUCAAGCCCGCCAAGAACUAAGGCGUCGUAAGCGCACAAAUUUGAAUCUGUUCAAAAAGUAAAUUCUCUCUCACAAACACACCCACACACCCACAAAGAAAACAUGAACAACACAGAUUUAUUAAAGGCAGAAAUUUAGAGCGAGUCAAAUUUACAAAAUUGUAGUCAAGAAGCUAAAAAGUCGCGCCACUCUCUAUUUAAAGUUUGUUUUUUUUGUUUGCCCUCCGGAAAUAGUCGAAAGCGAUGUAAAUAAUUGUUUCCCAGUUUGUUUUCUCUCUCUAAUUAGAUAAGUGUCCACUCACAAUUGGCUUUUCGGUGCACGAAAAUAACAGGUUUAUUAUUUUUGAUUGUUUUUGUUAUAUCUUAAGAUUUAUUUCAUUUCCCUGCAAUUCAAGCUUGAAAAAGUAUUACUUGUAACAAUCCCUUUAAAUAUGCGUGUGUAACUAACAGAGAUUCACGUACUUUGUCGAAAAACAAAACAGUUUAGAAAUAAAAUUUAAAGAAAAAACAAGAAACUAUCAAACAAAAAGACAUGACAAUAUUUCUCGUUCAAUGUUUCUCUACUGUGACGCAAUAUUCAGAUCGGUGUAAAAUCAAGUGUGAAUCUCUCUAUCUCGUUUCAAAAACAAACAUUACGAACCGUUCUACUUACCAACUGCAAUUUUGGUCACACGUUCAACACACCACCACGAAGCCACUACUGUCUGUUUUUUUUCGUACCUAUUGUUUCGUUGUUGAAGUAACCUAGUUCUGUAGCCAGCAAACAAUAGUGAGUAGAGAAUAUAAAAAGAUUACAAUACAAUAGUCGUCGGAAUAUCGAUACAGCCAUGUGUGAAGUAUGAAACAAACAAUAUACUAUUAAAACAAAUCUAUUAUGGAAUGAAUAUAUCGUUACACGGAAAUAAAUAUGAUUAAAAAGCGUA